AUGCCGUACUCACACAAUCAGUCAGAUGCUGGUGUGUCGUCGAGCGCAGAGACGGGAUCAUCGGCUCCCGCAGCUACGACAUCAUGGUCCAAUACAAGCACGGCAGGAGGCACGGAGACGCCGGCAAGCACUGCACCGCCUGAGCCCGCCUCACCAGAAGGGAUGGAGCCUCGAUCGGAUAGCCCAGAGUGGGCCAAGAACACGCAACCUAUGUACGAUAACUUCCUGAAGUUAUGUAAGAAGGAAGGUCUCCCCGCGGAAAAUCUCACCGCCGAGGCCAAAAAACGGCUGUAUCGCGCGGUAUGGAAGCCCUUCCAGGAACUAUUCGAGACCUAUAAGAGCCAGCAUAUGGAGUACGACGAGAAGAUCAAGCUCGAUAUGUACAACGAAACACAAGAAUACAAAAGGGAAGCCGCCAAGGCCGUAGCAGAGAUGGAGAGGAUAAAGGAGGCCGCGACGAAUGACAUAGCCAAGGCGUCCCAAGAAGAGUGGAGUAGAAACAACAACUAUCUCUUGGAAGUAGAAGAAAAGGCGGCGGAAUUAGAAGAGGACAAAGGGAAGUUGGUAGAGGAAAAGGUAAAGUUGGUAGAGGAGAAGAGAAAGGUAGAGGAGGAAGUAAAGGCAGAGAAACAGGAGCGAGAAAGGGCCGAGGAGGCCUUCACCGAAUUGCGGGCAGAGAUCAAACCCCUCCAGAAAAAGAUAGUGACGCUGGGAAAGGAGCUCAAAGAGACCCAAGGGUUUCUGAAACAAUCAGACGAACUGGAGGGCCAGAUGGCGACGCAGCGCGACAUAGCGCUGGGAAAGGUCGAAAAGCAGGAAGCACUGGUGCAGCAGCAAGGCAAACAGAUCCAGCAACUCGAGACCCUGGUCGAACAAAAGGAAAAGGAAUUCAAGAGCCACGUCGAAGAACUGAAGAAGGACCUUCAGUUUAAGUGGGACGAAAAGAAGAUGGACUUGGAGGCCAAGGUCGAGCAAGAGACGAAGGACUUGGAAGAUCAGAAAAUGUUCUUUGCGAGAGAGUUUAGAAAAGAUAAGGCAGCCCACAAAGAAAAGUGGGCAGAGAAGUUUGAAGAAAAGAAAAGGGCACUCGAAGGGGAGUGGGAAGAAGAGAAGGAGUCACUUAAGGAAGGGUGGGAGGAAGAGAAGAAAGCCCUCCAGGAGAAAUGGGAAGAAGAGAAAGAGUCAGAGAAAAAAACCCUCGAGGAUAAAUUAGGAGAAGAGAAGGAGUUACAGAAGAAGGUCCUCGAGAAAGGUUGGGAAGAAGAGAAUGAAUUACUCAUGGAAGAGUGGGAAGAAGAGAAGGAGAAGGCCCUCAAGGAGAAAUUGACGUCACAGAAGGAGUCAGAUGAAUGGGUCCACGGGGUGAAGUUGAAGGUCCUCGAGGGGAAGUUGGCGUCACAGAAGCAGAAGUUGGAGGAAGAGAAGGAGUCGGAGAAAAAGGCCCUCAAGGACAAGUGGAAAGAUGAGAAGGAGUUACUCGAGGAAGGGUGGGAAGAAGAGAAAAAGGCCCUCGAGGAGAAGUUAAAGUCAGACAAGGAGAGAGACGAAUGGGCUUCCGGGAUUAAGCUGGAGACAGCGAAAAAGGACCUCGAGAAGAAGUUGGAAAAAGAGAAGGAGUCACUUAAAGGAAAGUGGGAUGCAGAGAGAAAGGCCCUCGAGGAGCAGUGGGAUGAUGAAAGGUCAAGUCUACAAGCCAAGAUCCCAGAGCUCGAAAGCCAGAUCCGAAAAAUCCAGGACCAGGGUCGUGAGAAACUGGAAGUCGAGCUGGAAAAGCUACGACAAGACCACAACGCUGAGAAGGAGUCACUUACCGGAAAGUGGGAUGAAGAGAGGUCAAGUCUACAGGCCAAGAUCCCAGAGCUCGAACGCCAGAUGGAAGAGAUCAAGCAUGAAGGUCGCGAGACACUGGAAGCCGAGCUGGAAAGGCUACGACAAGACCACAACACUCAGAAGAACAUCCUAGAGAGCGACGUGAAGCAUAAAGCAAGGGCAAAGGAGGCUCUCCAAAAACUGGAAGCUGAGUCCAAAAAGGUCAGCCAGAUGAGCAACACGGAAGAUUUGGAGAAGUUACAGACGGAGCUGGACGACGCCAAAGGGGACCGAGACAGGAAUUUUGAGCGAAUUGCGGCCCUCGAGACUGAGCUGGGGAAUGCGAAGAACGAGCUGGAGAAUGCGAGCCUCCAGUCGAACAGAGAGAAGCAGGACCUGCAGCUGGAAAUGGAGAAGGCCGAGGCGGAACGAAACGCGGCUCGCGCGCGGGACGCGGAGAAGCUGAGAGACCACGAAGCAGAAAUCCAGCGUCUGAAGGAUGGCUUUGACCAGGAGGCCAAGGAAGCGGAGGAGCGGUUCAGACGUCUUCGGGAGGACCACCUUGGAGAGCAACUCGAGGUGCAGAAGAAAGCGUCGACCAAUCACGAAGCCGAGAUUAAAAGCCUGAAGGACAGCUUGGACCAGAAGAUUAAGGAAGCGGAGGAGCAGCGAGAAAGUGCUACAAAGACCCACGAUAAAAUGUUUCUAUUAGAGCGUGCGCUGGAGAAUGCCGAUCGCGAGCUCCAGGACCAACGCAGACAAGAAAUCCAUCUCAAGGAAGAGAUGGCCGAGGCGGCCGAGGUGAACAUCAAGGCCCAAAACGACGCAGACGAACACAGGGCGGAGAUGUGUGGCCAAAUCCAGACGCAGAUGGCAGUGGUGGCUAAGGCAGACAGCGACCAGAGGCGCCAGAUUAAAGACCUUGGCGAACAGGUGGCGAAGCUCCAGAAACAGCUGGCCGAUGAAGACAGCGACCAGAAGCGCCAGAUCAAAGACCUUCGCGACCAGGUUGCAGAUCUCCAGAAGCAGCUGGCCGAGGAAGACAACGACCAGAAGCGCCAGAUCAAAGACCUUCACGCCCAGAUCACGGAUCUCCGAAAGAAUAUGAUCAACGAAGAUAGCCGCCGGAGCCGCGAGAUCAAACACCUUCACGCCCAAAUCGCAGACCUCCAAAAGAAGCUGGUCGAGGAAGAUACCGCCCGGAACGAGGCAGAUGGCGCCCGGAACCGCGAAAUGGAACACCUUCGGGCCCAGAUCGCAGAUUUCCAAAAGAAGCAGGCUGAGGAAGAUGGUGUCCGGAGGUACGAGAUCAGUGACCUUCACGCUCAGAUCGCAGAUCUCCAGAAGCAGCUGGACGAGACAUUGAAAGAUGGCUCCGAUAAAAGGGACCAGGAAACCGAGGCAGAGGUGGCAGCCCUUCGGGAGCGCAUCCGUCUAAUGGAACUCGAGCACAAGGAUGUGAAGGCCAUGCUCAAGGCCCAGGUCGAAGCAGACGAGCGCAAGGCGGAGCUACAGGCCAAACUCCAGAAGCAACUGGCCCUGGCGUCCAAGCAAGACAUCGCCCGCAACCGCGAGUUCGACGACCUUUACGACCAGGUCCUGGAGCUCCAGGCAGAACUGGACGAGAAGAACAUGGCGGACUGGCUGCAGCAGACGGGGCGCGACGUGCUGAAGCUGCUCGAGAUGAGCACCAAGUCGUUCCAGGUGGGCCUCGCGGUCAACGCGACCGUCUGUUUCAUGAUGGCUGCGGUCAUCAUCGCCGAGGCGCGGAUGUUCGGGCAGUGGCGGGCGGCGAACUCGCACACGCGAGCGAUGUUCCAGGCGGCGAGCGAUAGUCCUGCCUUGUGCUUCCAUAUGCCGAUGUUCGAGUACACCUUGGCCACGGUCCUGCAGGCUUUCCACUUCGUCGUGAAGGCGUGA